AUGUUCGCUAAGACUUUCAUCGUGUGCGCUCUGCUGGCAGUAGCUCAAGGAGGCUUACUCGCAGGUCACGGAGCCAUAUCGUCCCAGAGCAUAGUUUUGGGACAUCCAGCUCCUGCCAUUGCUGCCCACGCUGUUGCUGCACCUGCUUUGGGUUGGGGAUUAGGUCACGGUGGACUACUCUCUCACGGAUCACUUCUUCGAGCUCCUCUAAUCCACGCUGCACCUGUCGCUCAUGCCGUAGCUCCAGUUGAAGUAUACUCACAUCCUCGCUACCAAUUCAACUAUGGUGUUGCUGACGGCCACACCGGAGACCAGAAGAGCCAGUGGGAAUCCCGUGAUGGUGAUGUGGUAAAGGGCCAGUACUCUCUCGUGGAAGCUGAUGGCACCAUCCGUACCGUUAACUAUUCUGCUGAUGACCAUAAUGGAUUCAACGCUGUUGUGAGCAGACAAGGCCAUGCUGCUCACCCAGCUACAGCCGCUGUUGCGCAUGCACCCGUCGCCAUAGCAUCCUUGGGCCAUGGUUCUCUUCUCCAUUAA